UUCGUCGUCAAACAUGGAGAAAUUUGAAGGCUACAUGUUCACUGCUCUGUGCAGCACCAACUUCUUAAUAUCCUGCCUGCUGUUCUCCAGAGUGACCCGCGAGCAAAGGGAGCCCUACAUGGACGAGAUCUUCCACGUCCCCCAAGCUCAGAAAUACUGCCAGGGAAAAUUCAACGAGUGGGACCCGAUGAUCACCACUCUCCCAGGCCUUUACCUCGUCUCAGUGGGAGUCAUCAAGCCUGUGGUGUGGCUCACCGAACUGACAGGUGAGGUGGUGUGCUCCACGGCCAUGCUGCGCUUCAUCAACCUGCUCUUCAACUGUGGCAACCUUUACCUGAUCUAUCUGCUCCUCUGCAAGCUGCACCUCAGGGAGAAGAUGCGGACAACCUCACGCCGAGUCCUGUCAGCGCUGUCUCUGUCCACCUUCCCUGUGCUCUACUUUUUUAACUUCCUCUACUACACCGACGCUGGAUCUACUUUCUUCAUCCUCUUCACCUACCUCAUGACCCUGUACGGCUGCCACAAGGCCUCUGCGCUGCUGGGCGUCUGCUCCGUGCUCUUCCGUCAGACGAACAUCAUCUGGGUGGCGUUCUGUGCAGCCACUCUGGUGGCAGGCAAAAUGGAUGACGCCUGGAGGGUGGAGCAUACAAAAAAGAGGGACGAGAAGUCUGCACCGUCUCAGAUCCCGCUGUCAUUCAGCGGAGCUAAGAGAAUCCUGCUUUUCACUCUGGAGUUCCUCACCUCACCCAAUCACGUGAAGGCGGUGCUGCUGGUGGCCUGGCCUUACGCGCUGGUCGGCGUUGGCUUCCUGGUGUUUGUGGCACUGAAUGAUGGGAUCGUGGUUGGCGACAGGACGAGCCACGAGGCCUGCCUCAACUUCCCCCAGCUCUUCUACUUCUUCUCCUUCUCCCUCUUCUUCUCUCUCCCCGUCUCGCUGUGUUACCACCGCGUCCUGCGCUUCCUGCAGGCUCUCAAAAAGCAGCCUUUGUUUUUCCUCCUGGUCACCGGCAUGUCUUUGCUCCUGGUGUGGAAAUUCACCUUUGUCCACAAGUACCUCCUGGCUGAUAACCGCCAUUUCCCCUUUUAUGUGUGGAAGAAACUUUUCCAGAGGCACGAACUGGUGCGUUUCCUCCUCAUCCCUCCGUACAUCUUCGCCGGGUGGAAUUUUCUGGACUCCUUUAAAUCGCGCUCUCUCUUUUGGAGUUUGGCUUUCCUGGCUUGCCUCGUGGCCACCACAGUCCCGCAGAAGCUCCUGGAGUUCAGGUACUUCAUCGUUCCAUACCUGAUGUAUCGCCUGCACAUGCCCCUUCCCUCCCUUCCCAGACUCAUCGGGGAGUUCCUCCUGUACACGGCCGUGAACGUUGCCACCAUCUACAUCUUCAUCGCCAAGACCUUCCACUGGCCGGACAGCACAGCAACGCAGAGGUUUAUGUGGUGAGGAAAAGACUAAAGUAAUCAUUUCAGGAUUUUCUCCUGUGUUACAGGGGACCAGAACAUCUUAAAAAUCAAAGCAAAGCCUCUGUUACAUCUCAGUAUCAGACCGACAUGGUCAUAUCAUUUUUAUACACUAACCACACGGCUUUGUUCUGAAUUUGUAGGGUUUUAUUCUCCCUACAGACAGAAUCAGUAUCUCCAGUUUGUAUUUGACUGGC